AUGGCAGGGUUUGGGAUCGAAGGAAGCUCUGAUACCAGCCAAACGCCUCUCUGGCCCAGAGUGCAAUUUCUCAUUCAUGUAUCCUCUUCUCUGCGUGUGUUUCUUCAGAGUUCAGAUAGUCUAAACAUUCAGCGGCGAAAUUCUCCAGUCUUAGUAGGCAUGACGCGCCGUGGUCCAUUGUCUGCUGCCCACCACCCUAGAGAACCACUUUCUCCAGCAUUUUUGGAGAAUAAAUUUGUCUCUCAGGCAGCAGAAUUAGAAACCCUUUCUGCAGAUUAUCAGAAAUUGACAUCUGCCCAUAUGGCCUUGAGGCAAGAUCUUGUAGCUGCUCAACAGGAAGUAGAUAAACUUAGAGAACAUAUAAGAAGCACACAAACCGAAGGUGAUAUUCAGAUUCGGAUUUUGUUGGACAAGAUUGCAAAAUGGGAAGCUGACAUCAGAGCUGGUGAGAGGGUUAAGAAGGACCUGCAACAGGCCCAUCUUGAAGCACGAAGCUUGGUGACAGCAAAGCAAGAGUUGACUGGUCAAAUCCUGAAAGCCACUCAGGAUUUGGAUAAAGCGCAUGAUGACUUGAAAAAGCUUCCAGAAAUGAAUGCGGAACUCGAUAGCUUGAGGCAAGAACACCAGAGGUUGCGCAAGACCUUUGAAUAUGAAAAAGGUCUAAACGUAGAGAAAGUGGAACAGAUGAAGGUCAUGGAGAAAGAUCUGGUUGGUAUGGCUGAAGAAGUGGAAAGACUGCAUGCUGAGGUUUUAAAUGCUGAGAAGAAGGCACAUGUUCCAACCCCAUAUGGUGGUCCGUACAUGAAUCCACAUCCACAUCCACAUCCGAUGAACGCAAAUGUAGGGUUUAUGGAUGGUUAUGGUAGACCUCAUUACAUGGGUGGUGUUGCUGGAGAGGGAAUGAUUCCAUCUGGCAGUGGCACUACUCCUGCUGUUAAUCCCGCUUGGGGAGGAUCAUAUGAUAUGUCUCAUACUCUGAGGUGA